AUGGGUCCACGAAACCUGGUAGAGACUUCACAUUCACCAACAUAUGUCCUUAUCAACUCCUUCGGAACAAAUGCAAACCUCUUCACUGCUCAAUUCAACGAUGAUAAACUUACCACAAUAGCAAAUCUUAUUGCCAUUGAGCCUCUCGGGCACGGGAGGACGGAAUGCAGACAGACAGUCUGGACAUACUGGGACUCGGCUUACAUGAACCUCGAGGCUAUGAAAGUGCUAGGUAUACAAGAGGCAUUUGUUUUGGGAACAUCCCAAGGGGGAUUUAUUGCGGCGCGCAUGGCACUCAUUGCACCUGAGAAGGUCAAAGGAAUCAUAUUGCUGGGAACCGCUCUUGACGCAGAAUCGAACCGUCUGAUCGCACAAGGUAGUUGGGAUGGAAAGUCUAUCGCCGAUGGUAUGCUUGCCCGAUGGGAAAAGCAUGCCCUCGACGGGGAUGACUUUUCGCCACCCACUGAAUACUGCCGCAGGAUUGUCGAGUCCGGAUACGGCAGCGAUGCUUCAGAGCAGCUGAUUGAAUUCUGGACAAAGGAAAUUAGGUCUUCAUAUAAGGGUGAGCAUGGUCGUCAGAAAUUGAUUAUGAUGGCCAUCAAUCUGAAGGAACGCGAUGGCAUACUCGCACGCCUUCCAUAUAUCACGACGCCGGUUUUGUGGAUGCAGGGCACCCUGGACCCAGUAUUCACAAUAUGUACGGCAGAAAAUGAGAUUAGUCUGUUUAAGGGGAGCACCUCCGCCCGUCUUGUUAUUGUUCCUGGAGGGCAUCAUUUCCUCAGUGCCUCACAUCCCGAUCGUGUCAAUCCACAGAUGAUUCAGUUCGCACAAGAGUAUUCCAAGGGUCAUGUUUCAAAGGUCUGA